UGAUGACGACACGUUUGGGGCGGAUCAUGUUACUGUAGUCCACUUCCUGCUUCUUCGCCCUGGUUUGCUUGAUCAGCUACAGCAGUCCCUCAUCCUACAAAAGGCAUAAUGUCACAUCAAACGGGCAUUCAAGCGGGUAACGAUGUGAAGGACGUCUUUGCCAACGCCAAGAGUGGAGACCAAUAUCGACUUUUAAAGAUAGUGAUUGAGGAUGAGCAGUUGACACUGGGUGGCACCAGGCAAGCAUCAAAGAAGUGGGACCAAGAGUAUGACUCCCUAGUGCUGCCGCUCCUGGAGGAUGACCUGCCUUGCUACAUUCUGUACCGGCUUGACACCUCUAACAACCAGGGCUAUGAGUGGAUCUUCUUGGCCUGGUCACCUGACCACUCUGCUGUGCGACACAAAAUGUUAUAUGCUGCUACCAGAGCCACGCUGAAGAAAGAGUUUGGAGGUGGGCACAUCAAGGAUGAGAUUUUCGGCACCGUAAAGGAUGAUUUGAGUCUCAGUGGCUAUAAGAAAUAUCUGACCUCUCAGGCUGCUCCCCUGCCUCUCACCGCUGCAGAGGAGGAACUGAGACAGAUUAAACUUAGUGAGGUGCAGACGGACAUCAGUGUGGACACCAAGCAGCAGACUCUGGCGGGAGUGGCCUUCCCCUUGCAUGGAGACGCAGUCAACGCACUCGAACGUUUUAGGGACAAGAAACUCAACUAUGUUCAACUUGAAAUAGACUUUGAAAAGGAGGUGAUCAGGUUGUGUAACUCUGAAGCAACAGAGGUGAAAGACCUGCCCAUGAGAAUCCCCAAGGACGCUGCACGUUACCACUUCUUCCUCUACAAACAUUCCCACGAAGGCGACUACUUGGAGUCCACAGUCUUCAUUUAUUCCAUGCCUGGGUACAAGUGCAGCAUCCGAGAGAGGAUGCUCUACUCCAGCUGCAAAAAUCCCUUGGUCGACAUGGUGGAAAGUAAGCUCCAGAUUGAGAUCGAGAAAAAGUUGGAGAUUGACAACGGGGAUGAACUGACCAGUGACUUCCUGUAUGAGGAGGUCCAUCCCAAGCAGCAUGCACACAAACAGGCCUUUGCCAAACCCAAAGGCCCUGCUGGGAAGAGGGGUGGCCGCCGCAUCACCAGACCACCUGCAGAAGGCGAAGAGGAAGACUAAACAGACCUCAGCAACCCCCUCCCACAUCCGUUCCACAGUGGAACAUUCCGAGUGAUGGGGCAAAUCAUAUUUGACACCUUUGUUUAGAAGAAUAAGACAACAUCCUCAAUUUCCCACUAAGUUCACUCCAAGACCGAACUAUGCACACCAAGGACAACUGAGCAAUGACACACACUUUAAAAUUUCCAUUUGUAGCUUGCCAAAUGGAAGAUGUAUGAGUAUAUGUAUGUAACUGCAUUCACAAGCUAUCUUAUGAUAAUUCAAAGAGGCUCAAAUAAACGCAAAAAGAGGCUUUUACAUCGUUGUUGCCGACUCCAAGAUUAAAAAAGAAACAUUAGUGCGACUAAUAUGAAUUUGUGCCAAUGUGAUUUAAACAAAAACAUCAUGAGUUCACAUGCUUGAAUUCUUAACUUGCAUUCCUUAAAUCAGUGUCGAUUUAUGUUUCCAUGUCUGUAUCAAGACGUUUGUCUCCAACUGUUGUGUGCACGACUGAGGUGCUCCAAAUCAGAAAUGAUUUAAAAUUAUCCCACUCAUCACUCACUUAUUUUAACAGUGCAUUUUAUAUUGGAAAAUUGACUUCUUUUUUGAUAUAACUGUGGUUUACAUGAAAAUGAAAACAUCUGCUGAGAAACUUAUUUUUCUAUGCAAGUGCUGUAUAUGUACAUACUGUAGCUGUGUGAUGCUCUGUGAUUUAAAAAGGUUUUUUUUCUGUUCUGGUGAUCUUCACUGUCAGUUGAAAGAACAGGGGCUUCCAGAAAUAUUACAUCAAUACAUCUCAGAUUUCAAUAAGAGGAAGCUACUGUUAUUGUGCUGGCUUCCAUUCAAGGUGGAAGUCCUGGCAACUGGAUAGGAAAGGGAAUAUUAGUACCCUGAUCAAAAUGUAUGCCACAUCCACUUGUCUACUGAUGAAUAUUAGGCAAACUACUUAGCUCACCUCAUUUUCAAAGGGAAAAUCCCUUUACAUUCAUAGUGUCAUUGUAAAAGAAAAAAGUGGUGUUUGGUCUUAAUUGUUUUCUUAUAAAUCUUUCUUUUUAAAGAAGAAAAAUAAAAUAUUUAAAUCAUGCA